AUGCCUCGUUACGAUGAUCGAUAUGGCAGUAACACUCGCCUCUAUGUUGGUCACUUGUCUAGAAGGACUCGUUCUCGUGAUCUGGAUCACAUUUUCAGUAGAUAUGGAAGAGUACGGGAUGUGGACAUGAAGCAAGAUUAUGCCUUUGUUGAGUUCAGUGAUCCGCGGGAUGCUGAUGAUGCAAGAUAUAGUAUGAAUGGCAGAGAAGUUGAUGGACAUCGUAUUGUUGUGGAAAUUGCCAAGGGAGUGCCACGUGGACCUGGAGGAGUUAGAGAGAAUGCAGGCAGGGGUCCAGAUCCUGGUUCUGGACGCUGCUUCAAUUGUGGCAUCGAGGGUCACUGGGCUCGAGAUUGCAAAGCUGGAGACUGGAAGAAUACUUGUUAUCGCUGUGGGGAAAGAGGUCACAUAGAAAGAAACUGCCAGAAUAGUCCUAAGAAGCUCAGCCGUGGUGAGCGUUACUCUAGCUCCCCUGUGAGAUCGCGUUCUCGUCGUGGAAGAAGCAGGAGUCGUAGUUUCAGCCGAAGCCGUAGCUACAGCCCAUCAAGGUCGUCUUCUAGAAGACGAGUUGCCAAGCACGCAGAAAGGAGAUCGAGAAGUCCUAUCUCUAGUAGAAGUCCCAAGCUAAGGAAACGUAGUCCACCCUCCAAAACAAGGAAGCGCAGUCCAACACCUGAUAGGGAUAGCCCAAGAGAGAGAGAAAGCUUUUCUCCCCAGAGACAGGGAUCGGUUUUAGAUCAAGAAACGUACAGUCAAAGUCCUAAGGAGUCAAGCAGAAGUCCUCCGAGUCCUGCAAGGGAUAUCCCAGCUGCUAGGAGGUACUCUGAGAGCCCCCACGAGGGCAAUGAGGAGAAACGCAGCCCCAGUCCAAGGGAUGACAGGAGCCCUGUCGAUGACGAUGAUGAUAAUGAACACUCUCCAAGAGGCAGUGAGUCCCCAUGA